CCGUAAUAAUCACACAUCCUAUUUAAGAAAGCAUUAUUCUUCUCAUCUCUUAACCAAUAUAGUUCAAAAGCUAGCUACAGAGAGAGUGAGCAUCAUAGAGAGAGAAAAUUUACUAAUAAUGGGAAGAGGGAAGGUUGUGCUGAAGAGAAUAGAGAACAAGGUAAAUAGGCAAGUGACAUUUUCAAAGAGAAGAAAUGGGCUUCUGAAGAAGGCAUAUGAGCUUUCAGUGCUUUGUGAUGCUGAGGUUGCUCUCAUGAUCUUCUCUAACCGUGGCAAGCUCUAUGAGUUCUCUAGUUCCUCCAGCAUGAUGAAAACCAUAGAGAGAUAUCAUAUGCACAAGUAUAGCUUGCCACAGACCACCCAAGUAAGAAACCAUGACACUCAGCCUCAGAAUACUUACCAAGACUAUGUGACAUUGAAAGCAUACGUAGAACUCCUACAACGUUCACAACGGUAA